AUGAACCUAACUGCGCUCAAAGCUUUCGUGGGCUUGCUCUGGAAUUGCUGGGUUCUGGUGGGUCACGCACAGGGAGGUUUAGGAGACAAUCAUGUCCAUUCGAGUUUUAUUUACAGGAGGCUGCGGAACCAUGAAAGAAGGGAGAUUCAGAGAGAGAUUCUCUCUAUCCUGGGUUUACCUCACAGACCCAGACCAUUUUCACCAGGAAAGCAGGCUUCUUCUGCACCCCUCUUCAUGCUGGACCUGUAUAAUGCCAUGACAAAUGAAGAGGAUUCUGAGGAGCUGGAGUAUUCACUAAAGGGAUCAAUGGCAGGGGAGAGCAGAGGGAUACGAAAAGGAUACCCUGCCUCUCCAAACGGAUAUUCGCGGAGAAUACAAUUAUCUCGCAUGACCCCCCUGACCACACAGAAUCCUCCCUUAAACAGCCUGCACGACACCAACUUUCUGAAUGAUGCUGACAUGGUCAUGAGCUUUGUCAAUUUAGUUGAAAGGGACAAGGACUUCUCCCACCACCGAAGGCACUACAAAGAAUUCCGCUUUGACCUUACUCAGAUCCCUCACGGAGAGGCAGUGACAGCCGCCGAGUUCCGGAUAUACAAAGAUCGGAGCAACAGCCGCUUUGAGAAUGAAACCAUUCAGAUUAGCAUAUAUCAGAUCAUCAAGGAGUAUCCCAACAGGGAUGCAGACUUGUUCCUCUUAGACACAAGAAAGGCUCAAGCUUCUGAUGUGGGCUGGUUUGUCUUCGACAUUACUGUGACCAGCAAUCACUGGGUGAUUAAUCCACAGAACAACCUGGGCUUGCAACUCUGCGCUGAAACUGGGGACGGUCGAAGUAUCAAUGUUAAAUCUGCUGGCCUGGUUGGAAGACAUGGGCCUCAGUCAAAGCAACCAUUCAUGGUUGCAUUCUUCAAGGCAAGUGAAGUGCUUUUCCGUUCUGUCCGAGCAGCCAACAAUAAAAGGAAAAAUCAGAACCGCAACAAAUCCAGUAGUCAACAGGAGUCCUCUAGGAUGCCAAGUGUUGGGGAUUAUAACACAAGCGAGCAAAAGCAAGCGUGUAAGAAACAUGAACUUUAUGUGAGUUUCCGAGACUUAGGAUGGCAGGAUUGGAUUAUUGCACCGGAGGGCUACGCUGCGUUUUACUGUGACGGAGAGUGUUCUUUUCCCCUCAAUGCCCACAUGAAUGCAACAAACCAUGCCAUUGUUCAGACUCUGGUUCACUUGAUGUUCCCCGAUCAUGUACCAAAGCCAUGCUGUGCACCAACAAAACUGAAUGCAAUCUCCGUGCUCUACUUUGAUGACAGCUCCAAUGUUAUUUUAAAAAAAUACAGGAAUAUGGUGGUGCGUUCAUGUGGCUGCCACUAAAAUAAAAAAAAAAAUAAUCUAAAGCAGAGGGUUUUAUUCAAAGUUGUAAUAAAGUCAAGAUAUGAGCAUUGCUGAUGAAAAGGCGGGCCUAAAUUUAUUCCAUUUCAUGUCGUCUCUCAUUUAAUUGUACAGUAUAAUGUAUAUAGUAGCUUUUAUUUAUUUAAAAGUAUAUAGUUUCU